AUGACGGUGCCCCUAACAGGAGCUGACAAGAUUGCCCUGGCAAAGAAGGAAGAGUCGCUGAAGGGGGAGAUUAAAAGUCAUGGGAAAACACAUCCCACCCACCAGCUACCAGAGAGCCCACAAAUCCAGAAAAGGAGAAGACGACACGAGGCUGAAGGGAAACUUCCACCAAACAUCUGCCGAGCAGAUGGCCGAGGGGGCAGCUGUGGAAAGGGGACCGAUCUUGUUCUGAGUGCCGAUGCAAAGGCUCCUGAGGAGGAGGAGGAGUGUGGGAAGAAGGUGGAGACCCGCCUGGCUUGGAGAAAGACGUCCUGGAGACGCUCAGCUGCCCAGGGUUCCUGGCGUUCCCCACCUCCCCCUCCCACCCCACCCCCCCAAUUAUUCCAUUUUCUGUUUCCAGGCUUGAGGGCUGCCCUGCCCUUGGCGCUGCUGUUGGGUCUGAGUGCCAGCCCAGGAGACUCCGGUUCAGUGGACCCCUGCUGUUAUUUCCCGUGCCAGCACAAUGGUGUGUGCGUCCGGGUUGGCGUGGAGGGGUACAAAUGCGACUGCACCCAGACCGGAUACUCUGGCACCAACUGCAGCUCGCCGGAGUUCUGGACGUGGCUCUACAACGCCCUGAAGCCGAGCCCGUCGUCCAUUCACUACCUGUUCACCCACUUCCGCUGGCUCUGGACCGUCGUCAACCAGACCUUCCUCCGGAGGACUUUGAUGCGGCUGGUGCUGACGGCUCGUGCCAACCUCAUCCCCAGCCCGCCCACCUACAGUUCCAACUACGGAUAUCUGAACUGGGAAUCGUACAGUAACCUCAGCUACUUCACCCGCAUCCUCCCGCCGGUUCCCCGCAACUGCCCCACGCCAAUGGGAGUGAAAGGGCCGCCGCAGCUGCCGGACGCCGAGCUGGUGGCCAAGCAACUCCUGCUGCGCCGGGCCUUCCACCCGGACCCGCAAGGGACCAACCUGAUGUUCGCCUUCUUCGCCCAACACUUCACGCACCAGUUCUUCAAGACGUUCGGCAAGAUGGGCCGCGGGUUCACCCGGGCUCUGGGCCACGGGGUGGAUCUUGGGCACAUCUACGGGGACAACUUGGAACGCCAGCAACAGCUGCGCCUUUUCAAGGACGGGAAGCUGAAAUACCAGACGGUGAAGGGAGAGAUGUAUCCCCCGAUGGUGGUGGACACCGCUGUGCACAUGAUCUACCCGCAAGCCGUCCCGCCGGAGCAGAGGUUUGCCACGGGCCAGGAGGUGUUCGGCCUGCUCCCGGGCCUCCUGAUGUACGCCACCCUCUGGCUGCGCGAGCACAACCGUGUCUGCGACCUGCUGAAGCAGGAACACCCCACCUGGGAAGAUGAGCAGCUUUUCCAGACCGCCCGGCUCAUCCUGACAGGCGAGACAAUCAAAAUUGUCAUCGAGGACUACGUCCAGCAUCUCAGCGGCUACCAUCUGCAGCUAACGUUCGACCCGGAACUUCUCUUUGGGGCCCAGUUCCAGUACCAGAACCGUAUCGCCCUGGAGUUCAACCAGCUCUACCACUGGCACGCCUUAAUGCCGGAGUCCUUCCAGCUGCCAGACAGAGAAUACAGUUACGACCAGUUCCUCUUCAACACUACCAUUUUGACCCAGUACAGCAUAGAGACCCUUGUAGAGGCCUUCUCCAAACAGCAAGCGGGACAGAUCUGUGGGAAGCCGAAUAUCAACAAGAACCUUCUGAAAGUAGCCGUUGGGGUUAUCAAGGAGUCGCGGCUGAUGCGCGUCCAGCCUUUUAACGAGUACCGGAAGAAGUUCCAUCUGAAGCCGUACGAAUCCUUCCAGGAACUCACAGGUGACAAAAACAUGGCUGCCAAGCUGGAAGGGCUGUAUGGAGACAUUGAUGCUGUGGAGUUCUACCCAGGCAUCUUGGUGGAGAAGAACUACCCCAGCAGAAUAUUUGGGGAAAGCAUGAUCGAGAUGGGUGCUCCCUUCUCCUUGAAGGGGCUCAUGGGGAACCCCAUCUGCUCCCCCGAAUACUGGAAGCCCAGCACUUUUGGGGGCGCCACUGGCUUCGAGAUCGUGAACACGGCUAGCUUGCAGAAACUGGUGUGCCUCAAUGUGAAACGGUGCCCCUACGUGGCUUUCCACACGCCGGGUCACGGAGAAGCAUCUCCUGGAAGCUCUGACGGGAAGCAGCAGCCUUCGACGGAGCUUUAACAAGCUGG